AAUAUUAUUUGACUUUGGGCUGUAAAGGCCCGGUGGGCUCCGUCCAAAAAACCACCAAACCGGUCCCUAAUUGAAGAAACGCCUCAACCUCGGUGAGCAUCGGAGCAAUCUCUCAGGCAGGAUGCGCACGUUAGCAACCAAACUCACCACUUGUGCAAAGCAUUACUGUAGAACAAACCCAGUACGGAAUGCGCAGUCUCGCAGUUUCUCAUCUUACAAUGGAAGAGAUGAGCUCUCACUUGAACAAGAAGCUGAUAGAAAAAUCGGGUGGUUGUUGAAAUUGUUAUUUGCUGGCACUGCCACUGCUGUAGCUUACAACAUCAUGCCAUACAUGGGAGAUAAUUUGUUGCAACAGUCGGUGUCGCUUUUGCAAGUGAAGGAUCCUUUGUUCAAGAGGAUGGGGGCUUCUAGAUUAGCGCAGUUUGCGAUAGAUGAUGAAAGGAGGAUGAAAAUAGUGGAGAUGGGUGGUGCUCAGGAGCUCGUAAAUAUGUUGGGGAAUGCUAAAGAUGACAGCACAAGGAAGGAAGCUUUGAAAGCUCUUUCUGCUAUUUCACAAUCAGAUCAAGCUCUUGGAGCUUUACACCAAGCUGGGGCAAUCUCAGUCAUCCAAGCUGCCCCUGAUUCCUUGGAACAUGCCGACAUUGAGAAAUACAAGUCAGGUUUGCUCCAGAGAUUCCAAGAUCUGAGAUAUGAUAGUCCUUCUGAAGAUGUAUCAAGUUCCUAGUCUCCAAUUCAGAUCUGAUGAAAUGUCAUUUCUGUAUGCGCAUGGCACUCCCUUUUGUAAGGAUAGAUGAAUAUGACUUGUAGUUUCCUUCGUCUUAGUUCGUAAUAAAUAGAGUUUGAGAUCAGACUAGUGGAUUCAAUUUUCUUA